AUGUUGGAGAAUCUCAGUUUCCGAGUUCCCUACCCUCCGCCACAAGAAGGAUUUUGGGGGGAGCCAACUUCUACCUUAAAUUGGUGCGAGGAAGACUAUGUUAUCAGCCACUAUGCUGCGGAAAUCACCAACACCUUGACCAACGCGCUCUUCAUCGCGCUUGGUGUUCGCGGAGUACGGAAUUGCUUCAAGUACAAACAUAACACCGUGUUUGUCAUCGCAUAUCUGGGCUAUUUGUUAGUUGGUUGCGGCAGUUUCGCUUUCCACGCAACCUUGUCAUAUCCAAUGCAGCUCGUAGAUGAGCUCUCCAUGAUUUAUACGACAUCUAUCCUCUGCUAUGCAAUCUUCACACAUGAUAGGUCUCGCUUGUUCUCCAUAGCUCUUGGCAUCGGACUCGUUGUGCUGUCUAUCUCCAUCACAGUAUAUUAUCACUACAUUCAAAACCCUACAUUUCACCAGAAUGCCUUUAGUAUCCUUUUCCUCGCCACAGUGUUCAGAAGUCUGUACACGAUGGAAGCAAUUUUGCGUCCCAGCCUGAACAACAACUAUGUAAACAAGUCCCCCGGGGCUUCGCUCUCAGACGGGGAAGCGCUAUUUUCUGUUCAAAGGCCUCAGGUUAUAAUUCGUGAGAUGCGAUGGAUUGUGGCCAUGGGGUUCAUUACCUGUGCAGCUGGAAUUGCGGCCUGGAAAUUCGACAACGUGCACUGUAGUGAUCUCGUCCGGUGGAGACAUCAGGUGGGAUUGCCAUGGGGAAUACUUCUCGAAGGCCAUGGGGCACCUGAUGACUGGGCUGGGUGUGAACUACUUUAUCACCUGGGGUAUUUGGCUUAG